CUGGCUGUAGAAAGCUUCAGUCCUCUUCCUGACGCGAUCGGAUGACGUACACUGAGGGAGUCCGGGGGUUCCACUUGUUGUUUUGGGGGGUCUCAGCGCUAUGUAGGGUCUGAGCGGGCAGUGGCGAUGGCCGCUCGGUGGGCAGCCCGCGGCUCCGAGCCGUGGCUGGACGAGUUUACUCUCCCUGCGGAGAAGGACUAUCUCCUGGAGAGCAGCCGGGGCCGCAUCGAGUGCUUGUUCGAGGUGCAGCUGGCCGUGCUCGGGGCACAGGGAGACCAACGCAUCUGGGUGCAGCUGGCGGGCGACUGGAAGGCCGUGCGCGCUGCCAAGGAGUAUAUUAAGGGACUCUGUGAACCUGAACUAGAAGAAAAAGAGUACUACCCAAAGGACAUGCACUGCAUCUUUGUUGGUGCACAAAGCCUGUUUCUCAACAGUCUUAUUCAGGAUACAUGUGCUGACAUAUCAGUGCUAGAAAUAGGACUGCUCAGUAUUAAAGGGGGUGCAGAAGCUGUUGUUAUGGCUCAGAGUCAUAUUCAACAGUUUGUGAAACUUUUUGAGAGUAAUGAAAGCUUAUUAAGCGACAAUGAGUCAGAGAUUAAGAAGCAAUUCAGACAAUUUGUGGAAGCACAUGAAGAUAAAUACACAAUGGAUUUACUGAUUUUGCCUAGCUCUCUAAAAAGAGAGCUCCUAGCUCUCACACAAGCUGAAUGCUGUGAAGGGCAGAGCAGUAUCAUAGAUCUGACAGGUUCUGAAAGCCCAACAGAUUUUUUACAUAUCGAAGCCCCCAACGUGAUAGUAACAAACAGAGGUGGAAGAGCAGAUGAUGAGGAAGAAAGAAACAAUGCUGGGACACCUGUAACUGAACUUACAAAGCAAAUGGACAUUGUGUUUUCUGAUGCUCCUGGAACAAGUUUUGUUCCCAUAAAUGUGCCUGUGUUAGAGACAGUAGUGCCUAAAGAAAGGCAGUCAUGUAAAAGAAGAUCUUCCUAUGAUGAGGAAAGGCUUCCUAAAAAGCAGUUUUCUUCAGAAAAUGAUCAGGAAGUCAAAUUUUCACACAGUAAUCAUACAGAUAGUGAAGCAGUUAUUGAUCUGAUUUCAGAUAGCUGCAGUGAAAGUGGAUCAAAUGAUUCCAGUUAUGUUAAAGUAGGUGAUGAAAUCAGUGAGGAAAUGGAAUAUAGAAUCCUUGUGAACUUUUUCAGAACAAUGGGAUAUCACCAAAAUAUUGUAGAAAAAGUCAUUGGUAUCCUAGGGCAGUCUGUGGAACCAUUAACAUUGUUAGAAGAAAUUGAAAAGGAAAGUGCAAAAUCUCAAAAAGAACACGAGCAGUCAUCUCCAGUGCCUAAAACUGAUAAUCCCCUUUUAGGAAGUAAUGUAAAUAAGUCACAAAAGCUAGUAGACAAAAGCAAUAAAAGUCCACUUAAAUCCAGUCAUAAUUCAAAUGAGACAAAAAAUGUGCAUCACAAAAUAAGAAAUCCACCAAACAUGGAAGCUGAUGCAGAAAAUGAAAUGCAUAUAUUGGUAUGUGAACCUGUUUUUCCUUCCAGUAAAAAAUCAGCUAUGUGCUAUAAAAAAGGAGACAUUUAUUGCCCGGGUAAGAAUUACAGUUUGAGAUCAAGUGAUACAGAGAUUGAUGGUGGUGUACCUUUUGGGACUAUACAAGCUGGAGCUCUAAAAGAUGUUGAUUCUGUAGCCAGAGAGAGCUCGGAUGUGCAGUGUACCUCGACUAAGACUAAAACUGCAGUUAGGCAAAGCACUGCAGGGCCCUCAACUGUACAGAGUAUUCAUCCUGGUUCUGAGGACCAAUUAAGACACUGCAGCUCUUCUCAAAGGAGAUCUCCUAACCAACAUCGUUCCCAAACCUCAAACUCAGAAAAUCCUAUCUCAGACCAGGUAUUGUCUUCACAAAUGCAUCCUUCAAAUCCUGAUAGAGAGACAGUGGGACCACAAAGACAUCAUCCUGACCCUUCUGUUACUGGAGUUCAGAGAUUUUUGGAUUCUCUGAAAAAACCAUACAGACUGGAAUUGAAAAAUGAACCUGGGAAACCAUAUUUAAAACAUAUCAUUAUUGAUGGAAGCAAUGUUGCAAUCACUCACGGUCUAAGGAAAUUCUUUUCCUGUCGAGGAAUUGCAAUAGCUGUUGACUACUUUUGGAAACGUGGCCACAGAAAUAUUACUGUGUUUGUUCCACAAUGGAGAACAAGACGUGAUCCUAACAUUACAGAGCAGGAUUUCUUAACAAAGCUCCAGGAUGUUGGAAUAUUAUCUUUAACCCCUGCAAGGGUGGUUUUAGGGGCAAGAAUUGCUUCUCAUGAUGACAGGUUUUUAUUACACCUUGCUGAUAAAACUGGAGGUGUUAUUGUGACUAAUGAUAACUUCAGAGAAUUUGUAACAGAAUCAAAUGCCUGGAGAGAAAUUAUUCAAAGAAGGCUGCUCCAGUACACUUUUGCUGGUGACAUAUUUAUGGUUCCUGAUGAUCCUUUGGGAAGAAAUGGACCUAGAUUAGAUGAAUUCCUUCAAAAUGAAGACUUUUCUAGCCUGUUCAGAAACUGCUGGUGACAUUUGCAUCUAAUCAAGAUCCCUCUCAGAGCUAAGAUAAGUAAAACAAUGACUUCCUCUGAGAUUCAAUUGUGAUGGCUUUCAUACAAAGGUGGUCCAAACUAUGUUAACAUCACACAAAGCUACCAGUGGUUUGGAUAUGGUGGUAGCCUGGUAUCCUGUUAGUUAUGGUGAUGUUAUUUAAAACACCUUGGUUUAUCACUUACUCAUGGUGGGGCAAUAGGUGCUACAAAAGAAACUCUACACUCAGUCAUGGGAGAGGCAUUUCUCUUUUCACUUGAGAUGUGAAAUUGUGCUGUUAAUAAAACAAUUUUUUGAGGGGCAUUGUUAUUAAAUGCUUUAUUAAUAUUUUUAAAUAUUAAUAUAUAUACAGUUCCUAUAAGAUUAUUAUACUUUUAAAAUGUUCAUAUAUUCCAAGUAUGAAUUUGCUUUACAUUAGCCAUUAAGAUGUGGGAAUGGGUUUGCUCUUUUGUGUGAGAAAAUGGGCUGCUCUUUGCUUUUCUUUCACCACUUUAAGAAUAUAAAUGCUAAUGGUAGUGAGCAGUAUUCAGAGAUCUUUCAGAAACAACUGAAGUAAUUAAAAAUCAGUAAUAAAAAAGGCAAGUUGUACUUAACUAAUUGUUUGUGUAAAUUUUUAUCUCAGCUAUUGGAAACAACUGAGGAAAGUGAGAAGUAUAUACCAGAAGGUCACAGGUUGAUCUGAAAAUAACCAUGUUUAAUGUUGACAUGAAAAAAGCGAGUUUAGUUCUAGAACUCCAGUAGAAAAUGCUAAGAAAGUAAUGUAGCACUUAUUUUAAGUACAUAUGUAAGUACAUGAUGCAUAAUUACAAAUAAUGUGUAAAUAUAUUUUGUUGGACUAGAAGGGCUCUAAUAUAAAGUCCUUAGAAGAUGUCAUUUAGAACAUUGUGGUUUAGCUGCCUAAAACACAAUGCUGUGUCUGAAAAAUGUGAAAGCAGUAUGAUUUGAUAGGUGACUGUGCUGACUGUAAAAAUGGAAAGAGAUUCUUCUGAGAAGACUGUAGAAGAGCUCAGGUUCCUAUCAGUAAACUUGGAACUGGAAGUAGGCUUUGAUUUUUGGGGUGGUGGGUUUUGGGGUUUUUUUAGGGUUUUGGGUUUUUUUUAAGGGGAAUAGAUUGUUUGGGUUUUUUUUUUUGUUGUAUUUAUAUUGAUGUUUUUGACAGAGAAGAGGUGCUAGUGUAAAGAGUUAAUUUUGCUCCUUCCCUGAGACUUUUCUACUUGAAUUAAAUAGUGCAGAAAGCAUAAAUGGCACCAGGAGCAAGAUCAGAAUCUAGAAGGAUCCUGAGCAAUUAAGAGAGCCUUGCCAUAUUGAGUAAUGAGAGGUGUCCUAACCUAAAUGCUUUUAAAAUAGAGGUCUGUAAUUUAGAUACUGUUUCUCUUGGUGGUAGGAAACUAGACUGUAACAUGAGCUCCAGUUUCUUUGUUUUCUUUAUUACCUAGUGGCAUCUGAAGUAGACUUGGCCCUAAAUUCUGUCGUGCUAACAAGUUUUGAGUAGCAACAGCUUUUCAAAGUCUGACGUGAAAUCUUAAUAAUUAAGGAAGAAUAUUCAGAUCUUGACACUGCGGAAAAACUUCAUUGCCCCAUUUAGGAUAUCAUUCCAGGGGAAACAACAGCUUGGUCUAAAAGUGAGCACAGCUCGGUCAUGAGUAAAAGUAGAUGAGGAAUAGUCUUUUGGAGCAUCUGGAAGCCUCUUUGCUCUGUCAGUAUUUUCACAUGCUCUGAGUCGUGUGUGUGUGUGUUCAAUAUGUCUUUUUAUCCAUUUGGUUCAAUAACACUGGUGUUGGCUCUUCCAUACGAUAAGCUUUGACCUUUGCUGUUUUCUGUCAAGUACUUGCAAUUUAUUGUUUCUAGUCUGAGACAAUGUUAAUGUUAUUUAGUCAUGACAGAUUCAAAUUGAAAACUGUUAUACCUACUGUUUUGUCUCACUUUGAAAAAAUACUUAUUACUUGAUUCCAAUCCAUAACUAGCUGAGCAGCACUGAAGUAGAGGGGUUAUACUCAUUUUUCUUUUCUGUGUUUUUACAGAGACAGCUAACAUCUCCUUAAUCAGAAUUUUUGUUUUGUUCCAUAGAGGUUUCCAGUCAGCACCAAGGGUUUUCCAGAGCAGUAGACAGCAUUCUCCUGAGACACCUUUCUUCACACCAGUCUCCAGACCAACCAGUAGCAGUCAACAACCUAGAAACAGA